AUGGCUGCCUCUCCUCUCUCUCUGGUCUCUGAAUUGUCUCUCUUUGGCCUCCUCAUUCUCUCUCCGGCAUUGUUGUUCGGCCUCCCCAGCGCCGCCGGCGCCUCCUCUAAGGGCUUCACCGUGGAGCUCAUCCACCGCGACUCCCCCAAGUCCCCUCUGUACAACCACUCGCAGACGCACUCGAACCGCCUCCGCGCCGCCGCUCGCCGCUCCCGCGCGCGCGCCGAGCUCCUCCACCGCACGCUGGCGCGGUCGGAGGGGAGGUCGCUCGAGUCGGAGCUGAAGCGCAGCACGGCGGAGUACCUGAUGGCGAUCAACGUGGGCACGCCGCCGAAGAGGAUCCUGACCAUCGCCGACACCGGCAGCGACCUCAUCUGGUCCAACUGCGAGCCCUGCACCUCCUGCUUCCCCAGCGACGCCCCGCACUUCGACCCCUCCGCCUCCUCCACCUUCCGCUCCCUCUCCUGCGACUCCGACCCCUGCGCCGCCCUCCCCGGCACCGCCUGCGGCGACAACGACUCGUGCACGUACGUGGCCUCAUACGGCGACGGCUCGCAGACCAGCGGCACCCUCGCGACCGAGACCUUCACCUUCCGCGCGGCGGCGGACGGCGGGAGCAGCGUGCGGGUCCCCAGCAUCUCCUUCGGGUGCUCGGACGAUUCGGAAGGCCUGUUUGAUGGCCACUCGGGCGGCAUCGUCGGGCUCGGCGGGGGCCCGCUCUCCCUCGUCUCGCAGCUGGGCUCCUCCAUCGACGGCAGAUUCUCCUACUGCCUCGUCUCCGCAGGGGCCAACCACUCCUCAAGCCAGCUCCGCUUCGGCGCCGACGCCGUCGUGUCCGGCAAGAACGCCGUGUCGACGCCGCUCGUGCCGGCCCUGUCGGGCACCUUCUACGUCGUGACCCUCGAUGGCAUAUCCGUGGACGGCGUCGACCUGCCGAUCGAGCAGGGGAACAUCAUCGUGGACUCCGGCACGACGCUGACCUUGCUCGCUCCGGCGGCGCUGAAGUCUCUGUCCCGCCAGCUGGAGAGCUCCAUCAGCCUGCCGCGCGUGGACGACCCGCAGGGGACCUUCACUCUCUGCUUCGACGUCCACAAGGCGCCGCGGCACUUUGAGUUCCCAGAUGUGACGUUCCAUUUCGGGACGGCGCCCGUGAAGCUGCCCGCGGGGAACGCCUUUCUGCAGUUGGACGAGGGCACCGUCUGCCUCGCGAUGAUACCGGUCACCGGCAGCAUCACAUUCGCCAUCUUUGGCAACAUUGCCCAGCAGAACUUCCAUAUCGGGUAUGAUCUGGUCGAGAGGACCAUCACGUUUGCUCCCACGGACUGCUCGCUGCUAUGAUGAGACUAGCUACGGGGGUCGACCGUACCUCUUUUGAUUGGGAUAUCGAUUAAUUCUUUUUACUCGAUCGUCUGGUUUUGGCGCUGCUACGUACGUACUACUGUUUAGUUUGCGUCGGUAUAGUAGGUUGUUCGCGCAUGCGUGGGUCUGGUUUAAUUCUCUUCCAUCCUCUCUC